AUGCCAGCUGACGACGUAACACCACUCCUGCCCAAACCAUCGAUAUUUUUGGACGAUAACGUUGUCCCUGCGACAAUUCGCGUUCCUAGCUUCAAUCAAGACAGGCCGGGACUCUGGUUCGCGCAAUUAGAAUCCCAGUUCCGGAACCAUAAUAUUAAAAACGAGGUCGACAAAUUCCACCACACGAUUCCGCUAAUUGACACGCGCAUAGCUGCCGAUGCAGAGGAUAUUAUUUUAAAUCCACCUGCUCACAAUCCCUACCAAAAAUUAAAGACAGCGUUGGUUGGUUGUUAUUCCAAAUCAAGAGAAGUAAAACUCCUUCAGCUGCUGGACGGCGAGUGUCUCGGUGAUAAGACACCCUCUCAACAUCUUCGACACCUGCGUAGUCUAGUCCCAGACAUUAAUGAGGAAGUGCUAAGAGCAAGGUGGCUCUCACACCUGCCCGACCAAAUGCGUGCAUGCUUAGUUGCACAACGGUCAGCCGACCUACAAGAAUUGGGUGAAGCCGCUGACCGCUUGCAUGACGUACUCAGACCGUCCCCUGCCAGUCACGUAGCCGCAACAUCAUUCCCAAAUACGCAAAGCGCCGUGUCUUCAGACGUAGAGCAACAACUGGCGCACAUCACCAAAUGCCUGCAGAAAUUCUUGGACAGCCGACAAGUGAACGGACGAAGACGUUUUCCUUCACAUAAGAACAGGAGCAGGUCAGUUUCCCCGGCAAUUGCAGCCGGUAACAUUUGCUGGUACCACAAGAAGUUCGGUAACCUCGCUGAAAAAUGUGCACCGUAUUGCAAACUAGCGGGAAACGAACCAGAGAGACGUUAG